UGUGUUUUUUCUUUAACUACCGUCCAAUAUGAACAAAUUGUGUUCAGUUUUACUCGUAUUUGUAUUUAGCUAUAACUAUAAAUUAUUUGGUCACGAGAAUUUGUUUCCACAUCUACAAAUGUUUCAAUUAUCAAAUCGACUUGAAUCUUCAUCAGAGUAAGAUGUCUAGUUCUAAAACAGUGUUGAAAGGAAAUAUCAACUUUUAUAUCCCAUAUGACGACUCAUUGAUUAUGGACUUAAAUUUCGCUAUUUUAGACAAGAUAGGAGGUUGGAAAGACAAUGCAUUAGUAUUUGAGUUUCCAAAUGCUUGUUCUUCGUCUAUAUCACUCCUUGAAUAUCCUGUGUGGGAAAUGAUUUUGAAAAGCAUAAAUGUAACUGAUUUUUCUUGUCCAAUAAAAGAAAAAAACUAUGUUAUGCAUGAUCUAGACAUGGAUUCUCUUGUGUAUACGGUGCGAAAAAGUAAAAUGUUUCCAAAAACAUUUUUCUAUGGAUCUUACAAAGCUAAAUAUAUUUUAAAAAAGAAAAAUAGUAACACGCAAGUAGCUUGUUUUAUUAUAAUAGUUGAUGUAGCUAGGCCAUGGGAAGAUACUUACCAUUAUCAAUAAAUAUA